AAAAAAAAAAAAAUCUGUCAUAUAUUCUUCCUUGAACAAUUAUUCUAUAUUUUAUUUAAAAAAAAACAAAUAACACGACAAAACAAUCUUUAUUAUCUAUAUAACAAAAAGGAUGGGACAAAUCUUGACUAGUUUGAACAAUAUUCGUAGUAAUGAAGUAAUGGUUCCUGAACUUGGUUUUGAUAUUGAAAAUGCCUUACCUAGUUCUGAAGAGUUAACCUUAUACCAUGAACUUGCCUCUCAAUUGGUGGAACCUAGUCAACCUUUAUUAAGGUCCUUGGAAAAAUAUCAACCUUCUUCAGAUGUUAUUCGAAAUGCAAUCGCUACACCAAGUCCCGAAAAUGAAAAUUUAGCUUGGGAAGCUGUUUUACCUACUGUCAAUAUGUUACGUGAAAUGUAUGACUAUGCUGAACAUCUACAAAAUGGAAUUCCUCGAUUGUUGAAUAUACUUUGUCAAGGUGAUGUCAAUAAGAACCUUCAAACUCAUCAAGGAUUGACCAAGUUAUUUGCCGAUGUACUUGAUUUUGUUUUUGAAUUUGAUCAUUUAAAGAUGCGAAAUCCUACACUUCAAAACGAUUUCAGUUAUUAUCGACGAAUGUUACAACGAGGACGAUACAGUGGAAAUAAUAAUGAUGAAGUAUCAGAUCUACGAAGUGCAAUGGUAGAAGAUGAUCAAGCCAAUCAAAUAUCAUUAUUUAUCGCCUAUCCUACUCCAUUAUUGAAAUGUGUCAUCGAUACAACUACAAAUUAUGUUAUGAAAAAUCGAUUACAAAAAGGUGUUGGUGAAUGUCUUGCUGCUGUUUGGGCUAGUUGUUUUUAUACCGUUAACAAAAAAAAAUCCCAACGACCUGAAGUAUCUGCUUUUUGUCUCAAAGUGAUGGUAGUGACCAUUAUUCUUUAUGAUCAUAUCGAUCCUAAUGGUGUUUUUACAAAACAAUCUCCAAUUAAUAUCAAGAACUCUGUAAAAAUGAUACAAACGGUCAACAUGCUAGAUAUACCAACUGAUUCUAGUGCUUCCAAUCUGAUGUCAGCUUUACGAUACAAUUCAAAACAUUUGAAUGAUGACAAGACUCCUAAAGGCGUUCGAAAUAUUGUGAUGGCUGCUUGAUUUCUCUUUGCCCUACAACUCCCUUCCUUCUUCCUUUUUUUUUUUUACUAUUACUAUUACUAUUAUUUUUAUUAUUAUUAUUAUUUUUUAUUAUUAUUAUUAUUAUUAUUUUUAUUAUUACUACUUCAAAUUCCCUUACUUUUUAUCUAUUAUAUUUUCAUUUAUUGUUAUUAUCGCUU